UUCUUGGCUCCUGACUGAGGCCUCCUGCGUUGUCGUCUGUCCCCCUUCGGCCCUCACUGGCUACUGGACUGGGGCCAGGCUUCCAGCAGGACCUUCUCCCAAGGGAUGGGCAGCCGCUGAAGGACCGCCUCGUUGCCAGGGCUUAGUUGGCCACACCAUGAACCUCCAGGCCCAGCCCAAGGCUCAGAAUAAGCGCAAGCGUUGCCCUUUUGGGGAUCAGGAGCCAGUUGCCAAGGAACAGCCACCGCCCCUGCAGGCUCCACCACAGUCCCUCAGAGUGAAGGAGGAACAGUACGGGGCCCACGAAGGUCCUGCAGGGGUUGCCUCCACCACACAGCCUGUGGAGCUGGCCCCGCCUCCCAAUAGCCUGGCUCUAUUGAACAAUGUGGUAUAUGGAUCUGAGAGAACCACGGCAGCCAUGUUGUCCCAGCAGGCCCAAGUAAGCUCAGUCAAGUGGCCCAACGCUGUGAUGGCUCCAGGGCGGGGCCUGGAGCGAGGAGGGGGUGGAGGCAUCAGUGACAGCGGCUGGCAGCAACAACCUGGCCAGCCCCCGCCCCACUCCACAUGGAACCGCCUGUCUCUCUACAGUGGACCCAAAGGGAACCCUCAUCCAGGUGUGGGCGUCCCUCCCUACUAUAACCACCCUGAGGCACUGAAGGGGAGCAAACCUGGGGGUCCACAGCUGGACCACUAUGGCAAUGCCAUGCAGCUGGAGGUAGGAAGGCCCCAAGCACCCUUGAACUCCUUUCAUGCAGCCAAGAAACCCCCAAACCAGACACUGCCCUUGCAACCCUUCCAGCUGGCAUUUGGCCACCAGGUGAAUCGCCAGGUCUUCCGGCAGGGCCCCCAGCCCCCUAACCCCACGACCUCCUUCCCGCCUCAGAAGCAACCGCAGCAGCAGCAACAGCAGCAGCAACCGGCAGCCCUGCCCCAGAUGCAGCUAUUUGAGAAUUUCUACCCCAUGCAUCAGCCGCCUUCGCAGCAGCCCCAGGACUUUGGCCUGGCACCGGGUGGGUCACUGGGACAGGCCCACUUGGCUCACCACGGCAUGGCCCCUUAUCCGUUUCCCCACAACCCAGACAUGAACCCAGAACUGCGCAAGGCCCUCCUGCAGGACUCUGCCACACAGCCUGUGCUACCUCAGCCCCCGAUGGCCUUCCCGCGUCGCUCUCGCCGUCUCUCCAAGGAGGGGAUUCUGCCUUCCAACCCCCUCGAUGGAGCUGGCACCCAGCCUGGGCAGGAGCCCACAGGCAGCCUGUUCCUUCACCACUGGCCUCUGCAGCAGCCACCGCCGGGCGCCCUGGGGCAGCCCCAUCCUGAAGCCCUGGGGUUCCCGUUGGAACUGAGGGAGUCACAGCUGUUGGCUGACGGGGAGAGACUGGCACCCAAUGGUCGGGAGCGGGAGGCACCUGCCAUGGGUAACGAGGAGGUGGUGAGAGCGGGGGGCCUAGGAGACUGUGGACAGAUGAUACGAGGGGGCGUGAUUCAGAGCACACGACGGAGACGCAGGGCGUCCCAGGAGGCGAAUCUGCUGACCCUAGCCCAGAAGGCGGUAGAGCUGGCUUCACUUCAGGAUGCCAAUGGCUCCGAGGAGAAGCGGAAAAGCGUGUUAGCCUCAACUACCAAGUGCGGGGUGGAGUUUUCUGAGCCUGCCUUAGCUGCCAAGCGAGCUCGGGAGGAGAGUGGGAUGGUACCUCUCAUCAUCCCAGUGUCUGUUCCUGUGAGGACUGUGGGUCCAACUGAGGUGGCCCAAGGGGGAAGUGCCGACGAGGACGACAAGGCUCUCGAACAGUACCCCGCUGAGCACAAGCCGUCGGUCAUCGUUACCCGCAGGCGGUCCACCCGAGUUCCCGGGACAGAUGCUUCACCUCAGGCUGAAGACCUGAAUGUCAAGUUGGAGGGUGAGCCUUCCAUGAGGAAACCAAAGCAGCGGCCGCGGCCGGAGCCCCUCAUCAUCCCUACCAAGGCGGGCACCUUCAUCGCGCCUCCUGUCUACGCCAACAUCACCCCCUACCAGAGCCACCUGCGCUCUCCCGUCCGCCUUGCUGACCACCCCUCUGAGCGGAGCUUUGAGCUGCCCCCCUACACACCACCCCCCAUUCUCAGCCCGGUUCGAGAAGGCUCCGGCCUCUACUUCAAUGCCAUUAUCUCAACCAGCAGCAUCCCAGCCCCUCCUCCUAUCACGCCAAAGAGUGCCCAUCGGACCCUGCUCCACUCGAAUAGUUCUGAAGUCACCCCACCCGUCCUCUCUGUGAUGGGGGAGGCCACCCCUGUGAGCAUCGAACCACGGAUCAACGUCGGGACCCGGUUCCAAGCAGAAAUUCCCGCGAUGAGAGACCGUGCCCUGGCAGCUACAGAUCCCCAUAAGGCUGACUUAGUGUGGCAGCCGUGGGAACAUCUUGAGAGCAGCUGGGAGAAGCAGAGGCAAGUGGAUAACCUGCUAACAGCUGCCUGUUCAAGCAUUUUCCCUGGUGCUGGCACCAACCAGGAACUGGCCCUGCACUACCUGCAUGAGUCCAGGGGGGACAUCCUGGAAACGCUGAAUAAGCUGCUACUGAAGAAGCCGCUGCGGCCCCACAAUCACCCACUGGCGACUUAUCACUACACAGGCUCUGACCAGUGGAAGAUGGUUGAGAGGAAGCUGUUUAACAAGGGCAUUGCCAUCUACAAGAAAGAUUUCUUCCUGGUGCAGAAGCUGAUCCAGACCAAGACCGUGGCCCAGUGUGUGGAGUUCUACUACACCUACAAGAAACAGGUGAAGAUCGGCCGCAAUGGGACACUCACCUUCGGCGACGUGGAUGCGGGCAACGAGAAGUCAGCCCAAGAGGACGUUGAAGUGGACAUUAAGACUUCUCAGAAGUUCCCAAGGGUGCUGCCUCCCCGAAGAGAGUCCCCAAGCGAAGAGAGGCUGGAGCCCAAGAGGGAAGCAAAAGAGCCCAGGAAGGAGGAGGAGGAGGAAGUGCCAGAAGCCCAGGAGAAGGUAGAGCAGGAAGAGGGCCGAGAGCGCAGCCGGCGGGCCGCUGCUGUCAAGGCUACACAGACACUACAGGCCAAUGAGGCGGCCAAUGAUGUCCUCAUUCUCCGGAGCCAGGAACCCAAUGCCCCAGGGUCUGUAGGUGCUCAGACCUCAGAGAAGCCAAGGGAGGGGCCGGGGAAGUCGAGAAGGGCGCUGCCCUUCACAGAGAAGAAGAAGAAAACCGAGACAUUUAUCAAAACCCAAAACCAGGAGAACACUUUCCCGUGUAAAAAGUGCGGCAGGGUGUUUUACAAGGUGAAGAGCCGCAGCGCCCACAUGAAGAGUCACGCGGAGCAGGAGAAGAAGGCUGCGGCGCUGAGGCUGAAGGAGAAGGAGGCUGCAGCAGCCGCCGCGGCUCACCAGCAGGCGCUGAGGGAAGAGAGCAGCGAAGGCGAGAAGGGCUGAGGCUCUACCGGAUCCUCUCGCCCUGCAACCUGCACCCGGGAGCCUCUAGAGGGAGCCAGGAUAGAGGGUCACGCGGACUUUUGCUCUGCAAAACAGAAUCCGAUAACGAAAAGUAAACAGGCUCUUUUAUUUACAAAGGCCAAGGACAGUGUUAAGGGCUGCAGGAUGCAGUUCUCUCAGUAUCUGGUCUGUCCAGGGUUCUCUUUUCCUGGAGCCUUGAGAGGCCUGGCUCCUUGGGAAGGGGGACGGGCUCUGCAGCUGCUGCCGCUGAUCUCUGCUGUCGCCUGUCUUUUGCAUCUCUGCCUCUUUUAUCCCAGGUCCCUGGUAGGCCACCACGGCAAGCCAAGCACAAGCUCACCCCGUGGCAGCAUUAUUUCUCCUUCCCCCAGAGGACCUGGAAGGUUGUGUACACUUUGCCCUCAGCGCCCUCCCCCCUCCCCCCAAAAGGGACUCCUUAGAGAAUGGUGGCCUUAGCCCCUGUGCUGUCCCUGUGCAACCGUGCCCGGGCAUGGAGCUG